AUGACUGAUCUUAACUUUGAGGAAUUGUUUUUCUUGUUUAAUCAAACCAACCAGUCGCUGGAGAAUUUCCCGAAAUAUAUCAUUCCUGAUGGCACCGAAGUACGUAGCGAUGGAUUUAAAGUCACCAGGAUCUUGAUCUCCAUUGUCUACCUCAUCGUUUGUGUUUUGGGUCUGGUGGGUAAUCUCCUGGUCCUCUGUCUUCUCCAGUCCAAGUAUGCGAAGAAAAAGUCCACCAUGACAAUCCUGGUGAUGGGCUUGGCAGUUACUGAUUUCCAGUUUGUGCUGACAUUGCCUUUCUGGGCAGUGGACACUGCCCUGGACUUCAGCUGGCCUUUUGGCAACAUCAUGUGUAAGUUGGUCUCUUCAGUGACUGUGAUGAACAUGUACGCCAGUGUUUUUUUCCUCACUGUCAUGAGCAUCACCAGGUACUGCUCAGUGGCCCAAUCCCUAAAGAUGAAGACACCCUCAUCUGGACACUCUGACAAGUUCCUCUGCAUCUCUAUCUGGGUGGUAGCCUGUAUUGCGACCCUUCCCCAUGCAAUUUAUUCCACCACUGUUGCAGUGGUUGAUGAAGAGCUGUGCCUUGUCAAGUUUCCAGAUCUUCACAAUGAUCCCCAGUUUUGGUUUGGGCUCCAUCAGCUCUCAAAGGUCUUGGUUGGUUUUAUCUUACCUCUGAUCAUCAUCUCCGUGUGCUAUAUCCUGUUGCUCCGCUUUGUAAACAGGAAGAAAAUGAGUUGCAACAACCCAAAGAGAACAUCCAAGGUCACCCGGUCCGUUGCCAUCGUGGUGCUCUCCUUCUUCAUCUGCUGGCUGCCUAACCAAGCCCUCACUGUUUGGAGUGCCUUCAUCAAGUUGAACGUGGUCGAAUUUACAGGCGCCUUUUACACCACCCAGGCAUACAUCUUCCCCAUCUCCAUCUGCCUCGCUCACAGUAAUAGCUGCCUCAAUCCCAUCCUGUAUUGUUUCAUGAGAAGGGAGUUUCGGGCAGCGCUGAGAGAGUUACUUCUGAAAGUGACCCCCAUCAGGCAGAUCCGACCUCUGAUGCCGAGUCUGGCAUCCAGCAAGAGGAGACAGAUGCCAGUCAUCAUCACGAUGUCAAAGUGA